CAUCAGCUCGAACAUUUCCACCGAUCCCGAAGUUGGUUCUAUGUAAGAGGUCAUUGGGUUCUGGUGCAAAAAAACCAAACAAACCAGUAGCCUACAUCAGCCGCCUGAGGGUCUAGAUUCAGGCUCUCAAUCAUUGUUUCCUGGUGGGGUUGUGUCAUGUAAGUGGACCGGGGCAGGAGUUGACGGUGGGACGGCCCCCAUCCGCAUACCUCAGCACACACACAGCGGUGCAAAGACACGACUCGCUCUCUGAUACGCUGUCGGCUCCUGUCAGUGGGCCUGGACUGGGAACCAGUCUCCAUCCACGACUGCAAAAAGCAACAGCGGCAGCACACACACUCCCACAGCCGUAACACACCAUCACCAUCACCAUCCAGCCGAACAUGACUGCGAAGAACAGACAGAAGAACAACGGCGGCUCCGUGGAGAAGAGCGCAGCGCCGAGCCAGGAGGAUGCGCCGAAGAAAAGCGCAAAGAACGGAGCGGUCCCCUCGCCCGGAGCCCAGGGGCCAAAGACACGGAGUUGUCUGGGACUCCUCGUUAAUACUUUGUUUUACGUGGCCCUCAUAGGAGGUGCGGGUUUUGCUGCUUUUCAUCUGCAGAAAGUGGUGGAGGAGGUGCGACAGAGCAGCGGCAGGGAGCUGCAGGAGAGCGCGGAGCGGAGCGCACAGCUGAGCCUGAAAAUGGAGAGCGUCCUGCAACAGGUGGUGUAUCUGAAAGGCACUGUAGGAGGAUUGGAGUCGUCACUGGACAGUGUACGAGAGGAGCUAGAGGGGGCCAUCGGCAGAAUGAAGGUGGGCGAGGUGGAGACCAGGAGGGUGGAGGAGGCCCUCCAGAACCUCCAGAACGAUCUUCUCAGGGACCUGUCAGAGGGCAUCAAAGAAGUCAAGGAGGCUCGUGAGAAAGACUUCUCCUCUCUGGAGAGGACAGUGGAGGAGCGCCUGGCCGAGGUGAGUCAGUCCAUCAAGGCCAACAUAGCGGAGUUCACCGAGUCUCAGGGCGCGGCUCAGAGCCAGCUGGCUGAACUCAAAGCCCGGCUGGGCAACAUCGAAGACCCCGCACUCAUCAAACAGGAGCUCUCUGCCAUCGUUGAAGUCGUAGCUGAACUCAAAUCAGACAAAGCGGUGGCUGACACUACCGCCGGUUCACUCAUGGAGCAGAUCGGUUCGGUGAGGGAAGAGAUCCAGACCCGCAACCUGGAGGUAACCUCGCUGUCCGAAGAGGUGGAAGCGAUGAGGACCACGGUGCAGGAGACCAUCGGGAGUCUGAAGAAGGCACUCUCUGAGACGGAGGGUGAAGUUCAGGCUUUGAAGGACAAAACAGCGUCAAUGGAGAGAGGCGUGGAGCAGGCCGCUGAGGGCGUUCGUAAUAUGGAGAAGCAGGUGAGCGAGGCGGCUGCUCAGGUCUUGACGAGGUCAGAGGAUCUGGAAGUUCGAGUUAAAGCAUCAGAGGACAGCGGAGAUAACCUGUCAGCGUCCGUGUCAGACAUGACCUCCAAGGUAGAAUCACUGCUGGCCAAGUUCGACAGCUACGAGAGCACCCUGGUCUCUCAGUCCCAGGCUGUGGAGAAGGUCAAAAGUGACCUGGGGCAGGAGCUGGAGGCUCACAGAAGCUACCUGCAGCAGCUCCAGUCCACUCUGGGUGAGGUUCAGAACGAGCUGGUGUUCAGCUCCAGUCUGGAUGAACAGGUUCAGGAUGUGAAAAAGAGGCUGGAGGCCCUGGAGGCCAGCAGCAGCAGCAGCAGCAGCAGCAGGCAAGAACAGCUGGAGAACUUACGGAGCGUGGUGGACAUGCUGGAGACCAAAGCAGCCAGGCUGGAAGGACACGAUGAGGCCAUCGCUGCUCUUCAGAAGGCCCUCCAGGAGACCACAGACACUCUGGCUGGACUGUCUGGACAGGUCUACGAGGAGGUUUGACUUGAAGAACAGAACCAUCCAAAAAACACAGGGACAAACUGAUCUCAGGAUCUUUUAUAAGGUUAUGAAGAUUACUGUCAGAGCUUGACACGUGCACACCUUGGUCAAAGAGAUAAACGGGAUUAGACUGGGUUAUAGAGUGGAGCAGAGUUGAACUGCUGAUCUGUGAAAUCCACAACCAUACUGCACUGUAGUUUCUUUUCUAAUAUUUUUCUUUUCUUAAGAAAACUGUUUGUUUUUUUUAAAUCCACGGUUACUUUUUAAAUAAAGACCUUUUGUCCACCUACA